CGACUAGAAGUAAAAUAAAAUGCAUAUAAUUGCUACAAAAUCAUAAGAACUUUUCGGGACUGUUAAAAAAUAUCUAUUUGUUUGCGCUUUAAACAAAUGAGGACCUGCAAAAUGGUUAUUACUUGACAUGUAUAUAUACGUUUCUUCCAUUCAGUGCACAUAGAUUGAUGCCUAAGAAACAACAUUUUCCAAAAAGAAAUCAAGAAAUCAGUUUAAGUGUUAAAAUAAUUAGUGUCUCGAGUUUCUGAAUUUCCAAGAGAUAUACGUUUAAAUUUAUAAUGAGUAGUGAUAAAUUUAAAUAAUCAAUUAAUCCACAUAUAUUAAAUAUGUGCAAUUGCAAUGGAAAGGUUAUAUGGACCUUCAAGUAAAGCUUAAAGUAUAAUAGUUACCAUGCAACCUAAUCAGAUCACGUUAUGUCAAUGCCAAGUCAAUUUAUUUAUCUCCAUAAGUAACAUCUUUCAUUAACUGAUUCAGACCAUUUUUGGCCAACAUUUAUAAAAGAAAACGCACUGCUCACUAAUGUCGAAAUAAAAGUUUUGUGAAAGUUGUUAUGAUGGAAGCAACAGUAACAAAAUUAAAUUUUUUGUGGAGUUUACUUUCAAUCCUCUUUUUUAUGUGUAUUGGCACCUUUUCAGAUAUUGGAAGAAUGCCUUCACAGCAAAACCAUUUCGAAAGUAAUAUCGAAUCCCAGUUUACAACAAAAAAUAAUACCAGAGUUGUUGCUCAAAAAGGAGGCCUAGCAAUUUUACCAUGUGUUGUUAAGCUCAAUUCACCAGCAACGGUUUCAUGGAUACGUCGUAAAGAUUUUCAGUUGUUAACAGUAGGACUCUCGACACAUAGUAGUGAUAAACGUUUUCUUGUUGAACAUGCUCGCCAUAUGGGCCAUUGGUCUUUAAGAAUUAAAUCAGUUAAUGAAGAAGAUCAUGGAUUUUAUGAGUGCCAACUUUCAAUAUAUCCAACACAAUCCAUCUUUAUUGAACUGAACGUUGUUGAAGCGGUUGCCGAAAUUGCUAGUACAUCAGACCUAUAUAUAGAUGAAGGCUCCACCUUACGCUUAGAAUGUAAAGUAAAACGAGCUACAGAAAAUCCAGCUUUUGUGUUUUGGUAUCACAAUAGCAAAAUGGUGAACUAUAACACACAAGAUGGAUUCCUUGUGACAUCUAGUAAUGACAAUUUUCUUGCUCCGAUUGACAACAAUGCGCCCCACACUAAUGGUAGACAGAAAAUCGACAAGCAGCCGGCAAACGGAAGUUCUCAUACAAAUAAAAAUAAAAAUGAUGUCACUACAAGUACAGAUGACAAGAGAUUAAGCAAUAUGAAACCUUACAGUAACAACAAUGAUGAUAAGAGUAAUCUUAGUAAUUAUAAUAAAAACUAUAAUAACAACCAUAGCGUAAAUUAUAAUAUUAAAAAUAGCAAAUAUCAAUUUAAUAAAUUUGGAAGUAGUGAUAUAACAAACAUAAACAGUAAAAGAAAUAAUUUAAAUACUAAAAAACUAUCAUCAACAACAAAAAGCAUACAUUCAUCACUUUAUGUGUCAACAUCAAUUAGUAAAUUAACCAUACAGGAAGUCUAUCUGCAUCACGCGGGAAACUACACGUGCGCUCCAUCAAACGCACGCUCAGCGAGCAUAUCAGUUCACGUAUUAAGAGGUGAAAAACCAGCCGCAAUGCAACAUUUGAAUCACAGCAUUUUUGAAAAUGAAUGCAGCAACUGCAGUAUUGUCACAACUUUUCGAAUAAGCACGAAUAAAGCGUCAACUGUUGAUAUUAAGAGAGCAAAAUACGACAUAUUCUUUAACAUAAGUUUAAGCACUUGUUUAUUUAAUAUUUAUUAUAGUUAUAUUUAUACUAAU